GUAGAAGUAAUUUACAGUACUUCAUCCUGUAUCAAGAAAAUGUUUACGUAUUUUCAGUAACCUGCGUUAAGUCAUGUAUGACGGAAGGAACGAAGCGUCGCAGAAAAUCAUUUGUCUGAAGUACAUGAUUUUUUUCGUCAACAUCUUGAACUGGCUGUUUGGAGCUGCGCUGUUUGCCCUGUCCGUAUGGAUCAGAUAUCAGGACGAUUUCAGCGAAUGGAUCCUAGAAUUGGGACUGGAGCAUUUCUGGAGAGGAACUUAUGUCCUUCUGGCAACCGGGAUCUUGUCAAUGUUUGCCUCAUUUUUUGGCUGCGGAAUGGCUCUCAACGAAGGCCCGACCCUGUUGAAAAUCUACGCCUGCAUUACGGGAAUCGCGUUCAUUUUAAGCCUGGCUGGAGCUGCUUACACGCUCAACAAUGGAAUCGAAUAUUCUGAACUCACACCUUGGCUCAAGACAAGAUUUUUCGAAUUGAUCUCUCGAUAUGACGAGGAUGUGAAAGCAAGACGAAUUAUGAAUAUGAUCCAAGAACGCAUUGGUUGCUGUGGUUCGGUCACUUCAGACGACUACGACGACAUAGGCAAACAAAUCCCCAACGAGUGCCGUGAUCCUGUGACAGGCAAUGAGUACAACGAUGGCUGUUAUGAAGUGUUUGCCUGGUACUUGGAGACCAAAAGUGGAUGGAUCGCAGGCAUUGCUUUGUUCCACUGCUUGAGUCAGGCGAUUGCAGGUGCGAGCGCUCUUUGGAUGAGCCGGGCCGUGCGUCGGGAAUGGGUCAAUGCGAGCUCCGUCGGGAUGUGAUUAGGACCCGUCCCUCGGGUGAGGCAAUAAAGGCAGAUGAGCCGGAAGCGCCUGGGAUUAAUGCCAAGGGGGGAUCGAAUGAGGCACAGGGAUUCCGUCGACGUGGACCCCCGAGAAAAAUCCUCCAUUCCUUCCUGGUGAUACCUACAGACAAAUCUCGAACCGUGUCGUUUCCAUCUGCAGCAGGAAUAUAGUCUUCUAUACUUUUUCGUCUAUCUCUAUAUCUUUUUUACCCCGCGGUUUUUGAGACAUCCCUUUUCUGCCAUACAGAAAUAUGCAUAGGCCUUUCGCAAAACAUUGCACGCACACAGGGAGAUUUUAAAAGUGUUUUCUCUUUUUGGAUGCGAAAUGAAAUCAGCGAGUUGAGAUCUGAAGAAUGAAAGGUUAGGAUUAUGUACCCGUUUUUUUAGUUGAUGUGAAGCUGAUUCGUUGCCGCUAUCGUUUGUGAAGUCAAAUGUGUUUUUUCACGUUCUCCGCGAGAAAAAUUAGUUAAUCUUCGAUUGCUAUGAAUAUUUUGCUUAUUUGGAAGAAAAUUCAAGGCAGAUUCUUCUUUUUACCUCCUGCAUGAUCUGUGUAAGGUAUGUAUAUAUUUAGUACUGUAAUUACGUGCCAACUGAUGGCAAUUACGCUUAAAAUGUUGAAAAUCCGUCUGAGGUUUAAAUUUUGAAAUGCAAAUUCGAGAUUCAGUAUUUUUGAAAUUCUCCUUCGGAAAUAUUUACUAAAAAUCGGCCUGUGAAAAGAAGAGACCUUUGUGAUGCUCGGGUCAAGGGUUACGAUCGUACAAUUGCAAAUUUUCUCGUGUUUUUUUUUUCGUCAAAACGCAGGGGUCGAUGUAAUUUGUGGGGUAUUUCUUCGAACACUGGCUGAGAUUUUUUCGUGUCAAUGCGUGAAUGUGAAGUCACUUGCCAAUAACUUGGAUCAGUCUUUUGCUAAAUAGGAUUUCAAUGAGGGAUUUUCUCGUCGACUAUUUUUUAUGAAUCACUUAACUUCCCUACUUGUAUCACUUAAUUUACAAUGCGCGUUGAAGAG